AUGGAUGUGAAACCGAUUUCUUGCCAUCAUUCACAAACAAAUGGGUCUUCUUGUUCGAAAUGUCCGAUUAAUCAGAUUGAGAAUUUGGAGGUGAAAUUGGAUGAAGAUUCGGACGGAGAUGUGAUUGUUACAAAACCAGAUGAGGAUGUUAAAUGUAUUCCAGUGGUUAGUUUUUGGGGAAAAGGGGUUAGGAUGGAUUGGAAUUUCAAACCUGAAAAAUUGAGAAUGGAAAAGAGGCUUUGAGAAAUUAUUCUCACAGGCAAUAACGGAAGGAUCCAUAAUGGAUCCAUUAUGGAUCCAUCACCGAUUUUGACCCAUCUUGGAUCCAUCUGAGACCAAUCAGAGACUUAUCUCGCAUCAAUCAGUGAUUUUGAUUGAUCCAUGAUUGAUCCGUGAUUUAUCAAGAACAAGAGUUUAUAGAAGUCAGAAGUAUUGGGUCCAAGAACAAUUAUUUUAACUAUUUUUUGAAAGAAUAUUGUUGUCAUAACUACAAAGUGUUAAAAAAUAACACUUGUAGCCCAAAAAUCAUUCAAUUUUUUCCAAAAAAGUAAACUCAAAAACUUUCACAGAGAGGGAUGAUUUUUAUAUCAUUUUAGUCAGCGUGAAAUUCUGAAUCGAAUGGUGUUUACCAUUUUUCACCAAACUCGAUUAAUUGAUGCGCGAAAACAAUCAGUUAAAGGCGCACACAUUUGUUUGAGUUGGUCUCGCAGCGCACGCCGUUUGUGUGCUUUUCGAAAUUUUCUUUUUUUUCUUUUUUCUCGUUUUUUUCUGUUUUUGAGGGGCAAUGAGUAACUUAUGAGACGAAGAACGAAUAGAAAAAUCUUUUCCGGACUAUUGACGAGUGAGGAAUUAUAGUGGGACAUUGGAAAUCCUCUUCAAACGCCUGAAUUAGGCCAAAAUGUGUUUUCUUCAUGUAUUUCAUAGAUAUUUAGGCGUGUGAGCCAUUCAUUUGUAGUUUUUAAAUAAUUUUCUCCUGGUGUGAAGAACUUAUUUCAGCUUGGAGCAUCAAGUUUCUCCUGGGAAGCUUGAAAUUCACUUGGUGACUGAUUAUCUCCGCUCAACAGUCCCUAGAACUAUCCUUAGCUGCUCAUUUGAGAUUUUCUGGUUGAAUUUUAUAAUUUCUUAGACGAUUGAGAGAACAUCACACCUAGUGAAUGUUAUUAGUCAUCAAUUCAACCUAUCACGUUUGUUCUUACAACUUUUACUAUACUUCACUUCAAAUUAUUUUUUUAAACUCAUAUCAUCGGUUCUGCCCUUCACUAAUCACAUAAUGGUGUUAAGUUAAUUUUCUCCUAAUUUUUCGUAUUUCUCAUUCUCUCAAAUCGUAAUUAUAUGAUUUAGUUUCUGCUUAACUCUAUAUUUUCAGGUAUUUUCGUCACAAAAAUGCUCGAGCGAUCGAACAUAGCGGAAAAUGGAGAUGUUCUUGUAAGUUUCUCCUAAAAAUUUACAAUGUUUCACGAUAAGUUCAAUCUGAUUGCAGAAGCGAUGGACAAACAACUGGGAGGCCAACGACAGGACUGCGCAGCUCGGCCAACUACCUUAUAAUACGAUAAGUUAUUAAUUUUUUGUUAGAUUCGCAACCUGUAUGAAGUCUACACUCAGCAAGGCAAAGUUUUUGUUACUCACAAGGGAAGUGUGUUAUGAAUCAUCAGAGAUUUUCAAUGAGACACAUAUGUUUCUGUGCAGUUUUUCACGCUGAGAAAGAUCCCGUUUUCAGUUUUUUCUGAGCGACUAUCUGAAGAGCCCGAAGAUGAUCCAUAAGUCCAGAAUUUUGUGAACAUUGUGUUUUUUAGAGCGCAUAGCUCAUGUUCAGAGGGAAAACAGGAUUUUCACAAAAUUCUGGACUUUUGGCUAAUUUUCGUUGUCUUCAGAGAGUCGCUCGGCAAAAUCUGAAAACGGAAUCUUUCACAGCGUGGAAAACUAUACAGAAACAUAAAUGUCUCGUUGAAAAUCUCUGAGUUCUCAUAACACUUUCCUUGUCAGAAAAACUUAUUCAAAAGUUUCUAAAGGAAACUAAAUUCCUGAUAUUGAGAAAAAAAUAGUUGUAGACUUUUAGCAGUUCGGAUUAUUUUUAUUUUAUUUUCUUCUAUCACUGUUUUUUUUUGCUUCAAUAAAUUUUUUUGUCUUAAAAGUGUUAAAAGUUUUGAAUAAAUCAAGCAUCAAUCAUCGAUCCAUCAACGAUCAAUCAGUGGUCGGUGUGAUGGAUCCAUUAUGUGCACCUUAUGGAUCCAUCACCUCGGGGGACUUGAUGGAUCCAUAAUGGAUCCAUUAUGGAUCCUUCCGUUAUUGCCUGUGUCUCUAAUGUUUGGGUUUUGGGCUGGAAUUUUAGGCUAAAUUCUAAGUUAGCGUUUUCAACUUUUCAAAAGAAUUUCUAGUAUCAAAAAACUUAUGAUUUAAAAUUUCAAAUUUUUUUCAAAUUUUUGAAACACCUCAAAAUUUCAAUUUUUGGCCCUAUGUCGAUAAAAGUUUGUGUGUGAAAAAAAUAAAUUUCAGACAAAUUUUUUUUUUCUGAUAAUGAAACAUUUAGAUGAAAUUUUAUGACAACAUAAUAAACAUAAAAGUUAGUUAGGUAUUUCUAAUUGAAUUUUUCAAACUUCUGAUUUCUUAUUCAUUUAUUUCCAGACGCCUUAUGAACCAUCAACAUCUCCCGAAACAACAUCAGAACCUGAACCAAUUGUGGUAAGUGAACUACCCUUCAAAAAUUCUUAGUGAAUCUUAAAAAAUUCUCCAUGUUUCCAGACCAAACCACUUGUUGAUCCUCCAAGUUGGACAAUGCGACUUAUAACAUCGGAUCGAUUCAGUGUUCCAAUGGCGAUCGAAUAUCUACACACAAUCAACGACAAACCAUGUUUGUCUUAUCUUGGCAAACGACUUUUUGAUCUUUCGGCCAGCGAAAUUGACUUCUUCCUUCCCCAACUCAUUUUUAUGUAUGUGAACAAAAUUGAUGCAGCCAGUGUUACACAUGCUUAUAUUGAAACCAGGUCAGAUAUCUAUUGGGUUGGGGAGUUAUGUAAAAGUUUUUGGAAAUUUUUUCCCAGAAUAGAAACUUCUAGAAAAAGUACACAAUUCAUAGAUCAAUUUUCUUGCAGGCAUACAAAUAAUGCGCAUUUCACAAUUUUAUGCACUUGGCUGCUCGAUUGCUUCAUUCCGCCAAUUAAUUCAGCGACACGUAUCCCAAAUCAUGCAUUUAUGCUUCGGGGAAUGUUGAAAAGUGAAAUUGAUAAAUGUGAAGAGGCUAUAAAUUUGAUUGCCGAUAAAAAACCACCAAAUGUUUUGUCAACUUUGUCAUUGGAAAAUUUGAAAGAAACUGAUUGGUUGGCCAAAAAAUCUUCUGGAGAAAAUGUUGUGAUUGGAAAUGGAUAUGGAUAUGAUAAGAAGAAUCAAAAUGAGAUCAGUGUUGCUAGAGAAUUAUCAUCGGUGAGCUUUUUGAAAAAAAAAUCAUUACGAUAGCAACCUCAAAUUUUAGACAUUUUUUGUGAUUUCACUAAAAAAUCCUGAACCUUCCAAAUUUCCAGAAAGAAUUAUUAAACUGUGAGCAAAAAUUCAUCGAAAGACUGAUGCAAAUCGGCAGAAAAUUGAUGGUGAUUCAUAUCGGAGACACCAAGCAGGAAAAAAUGACUGCGCUCAAAAUCGAGCUACAAAUGUUGAAUGGCAUGUUGCCAGCACCAGUUUGGAUUCCAUUUUCAAAUGAUCAUACAAUUCUCAACAUUUGCUUUAAUGAUUCCAGUGUCUUGAAUAGUAAAGAUAAGGUAAGUCAGAUUCUUUUGCGAAAACAUUUUUUGAAUGUCUUGCAGGUUCCAUACAUUCUUUUCGUCGAAGUUCUCCGCAAACAAUCAAAUUAUCAAGAAGAAAUUUCAGUUUGUAGAUUAGAAAGCCUUGAAAAACAGCAAGAAGGACGAAAAUGCAGUCCAAAUAAACGAAUUAAGGUAUUUAUCUAGUUUUCUAUGAAGCAACACUUGUCAUUUUUCAGAUGUAUCAUGAUGUAACUGAUCCCUCAGCUGCUGUUUUUGCCGAAUCUUGGAAUGAUAAGAAGGAUCGAAUUCGGGCUUGCAGUGAUUAUGGUGGAUAUAAGGAAUGGGAUUUGAUACCAGUCAUUGUGAAAUAUGGCGAUGAUUUGUCGCAAGAGUCGUUUGCACAGCAAGUUCUUCAGAUAUUCAAGGUGAGGAUUUAUUGAUUUUUUGGGUUCUUGUAGAAUAGGAGUACUGAAACAUCUUGAAUUCAUCCCAUACUUCCAGGAUCUUUGGACUGAAGAAGGUGUUCCAUUAUACCUCCGCCCCUACAAAAUCGUCUGCGUCGGACCUGAUUCGGGAUUAGUCGAGCCGGUUUUGGAUACAUUGUCACUUCAUCAAAUCAAACGACAUCUCACACGCAUCUUUAGAGAGAAUGGAAAUGUUGCCACACCAACUUUGCGACAUCAUUUUGAGGAUAUGUUUGGACCACCGGGAAGUGAAGCAUAUGUCAAGUAGGUUUUUUUAUUUUUUAUUUGGAAUCCUCUAUUUCAAUCAAUAAUUUUUCCAGCGCUCAAAAAAACUUCAUCCAAAGCACCGCUGCUUAUAGUCUUGUCAGCUACUUCCUUCAACUCAAAGAUCGUCACAAUGGAAAUAUUCUGCUUGAUCUUGAAGGUCAUUUGAUUCACAUUGAUUAUGGUUUUCUUCUCUCAUCGUCACCCAGAAAUCUUGGAUUCGAAACUGCUCCCUUCAAAUUAACCACUGAAUUGAGUAAGUUCUUCUUAAAAAUCAAUAAUCCAAAAAAAAUCAAUAUUUCAGUCGAUGUGAUGGGUGGAAUUGAUAGCGAUAUGUUCCUAUACUACAAAAGUUUGUUGUUGAGAGGGUUGAUGGCUGCGCGAAAACAUCAUCGACGAAUUGUAUCGCUUGCUGAGAUAAUGUCAACCGGCUCGAAGAUGCAAUGCUUUCGCGCUGGUGCUGAAACUGUUCGAGCACUUGAAGCGCGCUUUCAUGUUAGUAGCACUGAUGAGCAACUUCAACAUCUUGUAAGUUUUUUGGCGGUAAAAAUUGAGUUCAGUUCUGAAUUUUUGUCAGGCUUCAAAACCUUCUGAAUGAUUUUUGAUUCAAAAAACAUGUUCACGGGAAGUUUUGAUCUACCAAAAAAUCUAUAUUCAAUUUCCAGGUUGACACUCUUGUUGAUGGUUCUCGUGACAGCUACACAACUCGAUUCUACGAUUCAUUCCAGUAUUAUACCAAUGGAAUUCACUGA